AUGGCCAGACGCCUGCUGGUCGGCCUCCGCCUGGGCUCCUGCAGCCCCCCAAGCUUCCUGCACAAGCGGAGCCUGCCCUGUGGACAGUGCUCUGCCGUCGGAGGUGGGGUGGCACCCCUGACCAGCCCAGUGCUCCAGACGCUGGACACCCCAGGCCUGCACGAGGAUUUGAAGACCGUCCUCUCCCUGCCCCAGCACCCGGGGGAGUUCCUGCACCCCGUGGUGUACGCGUGCACUGCUGUCAUGCUGCUCUGCCUCCUCACCUCUGUCGUCACCUACAUCGUGCACCAGAACACCAUCCGGAUCAGCCGGAAAGGCCGGCACACGCUCCUGAAUUUCUGCUUCCACGCAGCUCUGACCUUCACAGUGUUUGCCGGCGGCAUCAACCGCACCAAGUACCCGAUCCUGUGCCAGGCGGUGGGCAUCCUGCUGCACUACUCCACACUGGCCACCAUGCUGUGGAUCGGGGUGACCGCCAGGAACAUCUACAAGCAGGUGACCAAGAAGGCCCCACCGUGCCCGAGCGCAGACCACCCGCCAUAUCCCAAGCAGCCCCUGCUCAGGGUCCCUUGCAAUUCCAUAUGAACAUUAGGAUCCGUUUUUCCAUCUCUGCAAAAAUGGCCACUGGAGUUUUGAUGGAGCUUGCCUGGACCCUGCAGAU